AAGAGAAGAUUCACAACAAGAAUAUAUCAUCAUUACCACUUGAUUCAUUUUCAAGUAAUGCAGAAGUAAUUCAAGAAUCAUUCAUGUAUAGCAGGAAUGAAAAAGAACCAAGAAAUAUUGAACGUAAAGAAAUAGAAUCAUUUGUUGUUGAGAAACAAGAUCGAUUCGCUAAGCCUCAAUCUAGAAAAGAGUGCCCAUGGUACAAAAAAUUACCAGGCACGAGCAUAACGAUGGAUGCAUUUAAAUAUGGCAAAAUUCCACAUUGCACUGCCUACUUUUUGAGCCACUUCCAUUCGGAUCAUUAUGGUGGAUUAACGUCAAAGUGGUCUCAUGGACUAAUUUACUGCUCCACAGUUACUGGUAAUUUGGUGGUCCAACAAUUAAAAGUGGCACGUCAUUUUAUUCGCAAACUUCCCAUGAAUGAAGAAAAGGAAAACGGACAAAUCAAACGAUAUCUUCAUACCGGUGAUUUUCGCGCUUGUCCACGGCAAGUUCUUCAUUCAGCUAUUACACAACCUCAAAAUCCUGUAGUUGAUAUCUUAUAUCUUGACACUACCUAUUUAAAUCCACAAUAUUUUUUUCCUGCUCAGGAAAUAGUUAUCAAUGCUAUGAUUAAUUUAGUUUGUAAAGCGGUUAAGAGGGGUGAACUGAUUCAAAUGAAACAUAACAAUGGUAAUAACCGUCAAGGUAAAAAUAAACAGCUUCAAUCGAACCAAUCGCAACUUGCAUUGGAUAAAUGGGUUAAAAAAAUACCAGAAAUCCUUAAGCCUGAACAAUCGGAAAAUGAGACAAAAUCAAUGGACGCAGGAGAAUCUGAUUCUUAUAUGAAAGAAGAUAAUUUCAUUGAUGAUGAAAAUACUGAUAUCGAAGAAUUGAAAUUAAAGAAUAGUAAAAUUCUAGUUGUAGUUGGUACAUACUUAAUUGGCAAGGAGAAGGUCUUUUUUGGUAUUGCAAAGGCUCUCCAGACUAAGAUUUAUGUUACAUGUGAGAAACGAAAGAUGCUUAUGUGCCAGGAAAUUUCCGGCCUUGAAUCACUUUUGACGAACGAUCCACAUCAAGCAUAUGUACACGUUAUUCUUUGUGCAUAUCUUGAAAGUCUUCAACCAUCAUUUAAAUCUAUCAUGGCUUUUCGUCCAACUGGAUGGACUUAUAGACCAACGGAAGGACAAAGGUUUUCAACUUCUUCUACAACUGAAGAGAUCCUUAAUGCAUCCACUCCGUUCACUAUUGAUACUAUAAGACCCACAUAUUCCACACCAACAUGUCAGAUAUUCGGAGUGCCUUAUUCUGAACAUUCAAGUUUUAGAGAAUUGGCCGCUUUUAUAAUGUCAUUGAAUGUUAAACAAAUAAUACCGACAGUUAACAUUGGGUCUGAGAAAAGUCGGGAAAAUAUGAAUUAUUGGCUUGAUAGAUGGCAAAAUGAAAAGAAUAAGAAAGAAAUUAAAGUAGUGCCAUACGAUGUUGUGGAUCAUUGGUAG